AUGCUACGUAUCCAGUCAUCCAAAUGGAUACAGGAAAGGACCAAAUACUCGUGAAGUUUUAUUUGAAUGGAAAGACACGGCUCUGUGCCGUGCACCAUGACUGAAUCAAAAUAUGUAAUAUCCAGGCUAUGAAAACAUCUGACGACUGUACUUUAACGAGGAACGAAGAACCAGCGCCAGCCAUGGCAGCGGGAGUAAGCCUGUUGAGUGACGUUCCUUACCCCAGUCCUGUGGAGCCCAGCACGGAGAUGGAGCCAGUCAGUGUUCGGGUCCCGACAGCUAAGUACACUAAAGUCGGGGAGACCCUGCGGCAUGUCAUCCCUGGUCCCAUGCAGUGUUCCAUGACCUGUGGAGGGCGCGCCUGCAAGUACGAGAACCCCUCUCGCUGGAGCGACGAGGAGCAAGCCAUCAAGGGCCUCUACUCGUCUUGGAUCACAGACAACCUACUAGCUAUGGCGAGGCCUUCAACAGAAAUCAUUGAAAAGUAUAACAUCAUUGAACAGUUCCAAGGGUGUGGCCUAAAAACGGUGAUUAAUCUGCAGCGUCCAGGCGAGCAUGCCAGCUGUGGCAACCCUCUGGAGGCAGAGAGUGGCUUCACCUAUCGCCCUGAGAUCUUCAUGGAAGCAGGAAUUUACUUUUACAAUUUUGGAUGGAAGGACUAUGGUGUGGCGUCUCUGACCACCAUCUUGGACAUGGUGAAAGUGAUGUCCUUUGCCAUUCAGGAGGGAAAAAUGGCCAUCCACUGCCAUGCGGGUCUUGGAAGAACAGGUGUCUUAUUAGCGUGCUACCUCGUUUUUACUUCACGGAUGAGCGCUGACCAGGCCAUCCUGUUUGUGCGCGCAAAGCGCCCCAACUCCAUCCAGACGCGGGGACAGCUGCUGUGCGUGCGGGAGUUCGCCCAGUUCCUGGUGCCGCUGCGCAGCGUCUUCUCCUGCGCCGAGCCGAGGGCCCACGCCGUCACGCUCACGCAGUACCUGACCCGCCAGCGCCACCUGCUGCACGGCUACGAGGCGCGGCUCAUGAAGCACGUGCCCAAACCCGUGCAGCUCGUCUGCCGCCUGCUGCUGGACGUGGCCGAGAACCGCACCGUCCCCGAGGACGAACUGCGGCCGGCGCCCGAGCUGCCGGACCUCGCCGCGGAGGUGGAGAAGACCGUAUCCCAGCAGGCUCUGCAGCAGCUUGGCAAGGAGAUGAGGGGGAAGGGCAUCCCCGUGCCUUCGCCACGUGUCUCGCUGACGACCCCCGUCCCCGUGCUGCUGGCUCACGACCGGCCUUUGUGCAGCGAACAGGAUAUGGUUUGGAGGCGGCGCGAACCCUUCGACCUCCUGAAACCCCUCCGUACCCUCAAGAGAAGCCUUAGCUUGAGCGACACUGCCCUGCACAUCCUGUCCUCUCAGAUGCAUCCAGCAGGGGCCUCUGCAAGUGCACUUAGCCACAGGCCAAUGUCCGACCUCUUCAACCCAUGCGUCGCCUUUCACAACAGCCUUGGGGACUCGGAGUCUACUUGGUGUCCACCAGGUCAACCUCACUGUCGCGGUCGCGGUCGCAGUCGCAACGGUGACAGCCCAAGCAAUCGCUCUCCCUCCAACUCGCCAGUCUCAGACAAACCUCGGAGGAAAGAGGCAGAGAAAAAGCCUGGAGGAUCUUGCCAGUCAAGACGGGUACCUCUCAGACAGAGUCAGCGUAGCAUGUCUGUUGGGUAUGCUGAAGGCAACAGAGGAACCAACGAAUCCAUGUUGUCAGCACAGGAUGUAGAAGGUUGUGGGAAGGGUUGUGUUGACAGGGGGAACUCAUCAGCCGUAUCUGAUCUUGGCUCAACGGAAGCUUGCAAUGUUAAUUCGGAGGAGAGGCCACACUUCCCCUUCAUCACACUCCAGAAUGAGCUCAGCCCGCAGGCCAGGCGAGUCUUGGUCGCUCAAGCACUUGCGACAGAAUCUGACCAAGAGGAGCUCAGAGACAAGGUGUUAGAGUGGCAGACGGAGCUGAACUCCAGAGAGGGGACCUGGGAGCGACUCUGCCUGGAGCGGGACCCUCUGGUGCUCUCUAGUCUCAUGUGGUCCUGGCUAGAGCAGCUCAGAGAUCCGGUGAUCAGCUAUGAGGAUGUGGAGGCACUGGAGGAGAACAACUAUAGCCCACAACAGGCUCUUGACUCACUCGACAAGGGCCACAAACAAACCCUGUUGUGCAUUCUUGAUUGUGCUGCACAUCUAUUAGAGAUACCGGAGGGGGUGGAAAAGGGCAUUCUCGAUCGUAUAAUCAAAACAUUUACCAAGGUGGAUAUGGAAUCGGAGAACGGCCAGGCGGUCUGCCAUACCCUGCGGGCAGUCUUGGUCCCCAUUCUCCAUGAGCUGAGGGCCAAAGCAGAAGAGGAAGUGGACUUCAUAGGCCAGUAUGACGAGUACCCCUGACCACUGCAUCUCAGUCCAUAACUGGAUCACAUCAGAGGUUGGAUAAUGAUGCUCAGCCUUUUUAAACUGGUUGUAUGUUUCUGUGGCAUAAAAGUCCAACCAGGUGCAAAAUUGUCUGUCACUGCUGCUUCUUUAUUGUUACCAUUGUGUUAUAAUUUUUUUAAAGGUCUUAUUAAUGUCAAGCUGUCUAACGCUGUUGUUAUUUGUGUCUGUGUUGUUUUACCAUUUUGCAAUGUUUACUCUUGAAAAGGAAAAGAAACUGCCAUGUAUUCUUGUGUGCCAUGUGGUUCACUUUAAUUUUCAUGUCUUUUUGUUUUAAUAUGUUUGGUAUUAUACAUUUGUGUGAUAUUUAUUAUCGUACUUAUAGUACCUACCUAUUUAUUACAUUUGUAUGUUUGACACAAAAGCAUAAAGCAAUGCCUCAUUUAAUGGGCAUUUACAAUAUGGCUUAAAGGAAACGUAUUCUUAUCACAUGGAUCAGAAUGAUUCUACAGUUCGGAAUUAUGUACAAGUGUGGUAAAUGUGUGUUAACACUAAUCACUGGGGAAUGUGCUUUAAUAGUAAUAUUCACAUCUUCAACCCACAUAAAUGGAACUUUCAAUAUUGUUCCCUUCAACAUCAUGGACAUUGAUGUAAACCAAAUAAUAUUUUCACUGUGCAAAGUAUGUAGUAUACUGUGGUAUAUCAAAAGAGGCAUAUUUAAAUGCAAGAGAAGUGGGGGAGACUGAAUGCAAAGUUAGCUUUGAAUUUAUAUGAUCAAUUUAUAUUUCGAAUUUGAAGCAUCUGAAGGCUCAAUUCAUAAUAUUGUCAUGCAUCCUAGGUAGCUUUUGUGAUUACUCAAACAUUGCCUUUACAAGCAUACUGAUACAAAAAAAAAAAAAAGGAAAAAUGGCAUCUGUUUGAAAUGUAUGUGUUUGUCAAAGAAUCUGUCUUGUGGCUAAAUGAAUUCUGCCUCAUUGAAAAAUGACUCAUUUUGCAAAGAAACUAAGCUGCUCUUUGGAGUUUAUUUCUACAGAGGGAUAUAUAUUUUCUUUCAGGAAGCACUAUCAAUGUUUUAGAUGCAUCGUGAUUAGUGUUUAGUCCACCUCAGACCUCAUUUUUGUCCAUGAAUGCGCAAUAUGGUGUUCAUCAAGAAGAAAAGACAACUGAAUUAAUUAUCUUGAUUCAAGCUUGAUAACAUUUGUAUUUUAAGGGUGAGAACAUUGUACUGUGGAAAUAUUGAUGAAGCACUAUUUUUUCACCACCCCAUUCUU